AUGACAAUUCCACUCACACCAAAGGGUCUGCAAUUAUUAGGCGUCCUAUGGUUGGAAGUCGUCCUUUCUUUACUGUGUAUUUCUCUUCGAUUAUAUACCCGCAAUUUUGUUGGUGGUACGCCGGGUUUUGAUGAUUUUCUUUUAAUAAUCAGCUGGGUUUUGAUGACAGCUUUUGCAGCAUGCACUUCGCGCUCAGUGUCAUAUGGCAUGGGAACCCAUGCCGCUGAAUUAGAUUUUGACGAUAACUCUCGUGGCAUCCUAUGGCUUCUGAUAGGCCAGUUCAUCAUUGCAAUUGCCAUGGGAAUAAGCAAGUGUGCUGUAGCGGUUUUCUUACUUCGAAUUGUGACCAAAACUUUUGCUGGUAUAUGCGGUGUGGUCCGUACCACGACGUUAGACUCUCUGGGUGAAACUGACGACUAUCUAUAUGCUGUCAGUGACUCCGUCAUGUGGACCAUGUCCGAGCUUUGCGCGACUAUCAUCUGCGUCACCAUUCCCGCUCUUCGACCCCUCUACAACCGAUUAACAGGACGAAGCUCCUCCGAUGGACCCUACCAAAACUAUGGCUGCGAAAACCGUAAGUCUUACGGUGGAAAUGGAGCUGGUGGCGACUACAACAUGAAAUCAGUGAAGCGAGGAAAGAAGGAUCCAACUAUUUACGAUAUGGAAAUUACACGAGGUCGACCGGAUAUCGAUUCCGACAGCGAUACUCACAUUCUCUCACUAUCAAUGCGUGAUCAAAAAGAUGCGGGCAUUGGCCGUCUACGCGAGGUUUCGGUUACUUAUGAAGAUGGGCAAAGCGCGGUUAGCAGCAAGCAACACGUCUAG